GCCGCGUGGUUGUUUCACCAAACACAACGGAUAAAACUGAAAGUAGAAACGGGCAACUAAGCAAAAAGUGUGAACUGUGAACUGUGAACUGUGAACUGAAACAGCUAAACAGCAAAGGCUUCGAUCGAUUAGAAAGCAGAGCAAGUGAGCGAAAUGAUCAAAAGCGAGGAAGUGCCAUCGGAGCUGAACAGCCGCACGAUGGUCGUAGAUCCACUGGGUGGCUUUGUGAGUGGCUCGCACUAUCACCCACAUCACACGCAUCAUCCGCUGAGCAGCGGUGCCCAGCAUCUGCAUGCACACACCUUCACGCAUCACACACCUUCGCAUUUGUAUCGCGGUGGGAAUACGCUGCCCGCUGGCAAUUUCCAAGUGAUGGGCGGCGAUUCGCCCACAGAGCUGGUGGAUGAGAAGCCAAACAUUAGCUAUAUGGAGCGCAAGUACUAUGCGCCCACGUUGGAUGCCACCAACGGCAACGUCACGCCCACCGCACAGCACUAUGGGCUGAGUGCGCUGCACAGCAUGGGCACGCCGCCGGCAUCGUCGAGUCCGAUUCCGCCGUAUGGCGUGCUAAUGCCAGCCCAUUCCGUUGGCUCGGUAUCGCCCAAUUCCAGCUCCAAGACGCCCACCGACCAGGAUAUGUGCAUCAGCUCUUCAGUGGUGAAGCCCUUGCAGCUCCAGCACAUCAACCAUCAGUAUGCCUCCACCAUCAAGUACUGCACCAACAAUACCAUAGUCAGCGCCAACGACUACCAUCAGCUGACGAUGCAACAGCAGCAGCAGCAACAGCAGCAACAGCAGCAUCAGCAGCAGCAGCAGCAACACUCUCCCGGCGGCUACUUGCAACGCCACUCCGCCUCGCCCAACCAGGUCAUGGCGAAUAGCCACGGACAUGGCUUGCCUGUGCUGAACUACUCGAGUGCCAGCUCCUCGCCUGCCAAGUCGCUCAACGGCUCCGAAACGACAGCCACAAGCGCAGCUCACGAAAGCGCCAGCGCACAGCAGUCGAAGGUGAGCGGCUCCAGUGGCCCAGACAACAGCACGCCGGACACCACCAAGAAGUCCGGCACUCGGCGUCCCGAGAAACCAGCCUUAAGCUACAUCAACAUGAUCGGGCACGCCAUCAAGGAGUCGCCCACUGGCAAGCUGACGCUCAGCGAGAUCUACGCAUAUCUACAGAAGAGUUAUGAAUUCUUUCGCGGACCCUACGUGGGCUGGAAGAACUCGGUGCGUCACAAUCUCAGCCUGAACGAGUGCUUCAAGAAGCUGCCCAAGGGCAUGGGCGUCGGCAAGCCCGGCAAGGGCAACUACUGGACCAUUGAUGAGAACUCGGCGCACUUGUUCGAGGACGAGGGCAGUCUGCGACGUCGUCCACGCGGCUAUCGCUCCAAGAUCAAGGUCAAAACGUAUCCAGUCAAUGCGAACAGCUUCUACAGCGGCAGCUACGCCGACGCGGGCAUGGACAAUGCCAACUUCUAUGCAACGCCCGCCUAUGCCAGUUACGAUUACAGCGCUGCAGCUGCCGGUCCUUCGGCUGCGCAGGGCUUCAGCGAUGCCUGGAACGUGCAUGCGGCUCACAGUGGAGCGCCAUCUGUUGGCGUCGGCACGCUGCCACAGUACUCGAACAUCACCUGCCUCACGGCAGUGGGUAACAAUCUGAAUGGCUCUCCCACUCCCCCGUUGGCACACACGGCUCUUGGCAUGUCCUCGACGGUGGGCCCCUCCAGCUCGCCAGUGGCGGCGCUUCAAAGUGAUUAUGCGCCAGCCGCCAGUCUCGUGGCUGCUGGCUACUCCUAUACAACAAGUGGCAGCGGCUUGGAUAACGGUCUGCGCUCCAUGUCGCUGCAGCAGCUGCCAGCAUUGUCCUCCAUACAGACGGGUCAGUCGCAGUCGCAUCAUCAUCAUCAUUCACAUCAUUCGCAUCACCCGCAUCAUGGAAGCAUGACGCCGCCGCCAUCUCAAUCGGGCAACCAUGCCACCGAUCGCUCGCCAAUCGAUUUCAAACCGGUUUACCUGCCCAUGACUCCGCCUCCGACUGCAGUGAAUGGCGGCUACUAUGAGACAAUCAAAUAUUCAAAUUAGCCUAGCCAAAUCUGAUUAGCCAUAUAGCCGUCUACAUAUAUGAGUUAUUUUGCAUUAUUACCUCAAAGGAUAAUCAAUCUAUAAGUGUUAGCCCUUAAGUAGUUG